UCAGGAAUCUGUCAAUUCCUUCAGCAGGAACUCCAUUCAACGCACAUGUUUUCUGUAUUUCGCCAAUGUGGUUUGACUAAAAGGAAAAGGAUCAGGAUUAAACUCUUGAGUCUGUCCCAAGAGCCAAGAUGCUUAGUGAUGGAGAAGCUACAGAACUGCUGUCAUUUCUCACUCUGGAGACCAGAGCUGAUCUCAAAGGUCAGGCCUCGGAAUACGUCCUGGGCCUCACGGGAAACCGGGACGGGUGCCGGUACCUGCAGUCCAGACCAGACUUUCUCCAAGCCCUGGUGACUCUAACCAGCGACCCCUCCAUCGCCAUCGUCAAGGACUGUUUUCAUGCCCUGAUUAACCUCUCAGCGGACGAGACUCUUCACCAGCCUUUGGUCACAGAGACGGUCUUACUGGCCAAACUGCUGCCGAAACUACUGGACCCGGAGUACGUGUUUGCGGAUCGGAUCUGCACCAUCCUCAGUAACCUGAGCCGACACGAGCGGACGUGCAGAGACGUGUUCAAGGCUCUGCAGGAGCAGGACAUCGGACUGGACAGACUGGUGGAAGUCUUCUGCAACCAGGACUUCAAUAAGAAAGCUUCCCUCCACUAUCUGGGACCCCUGCUGUCGAACCUCACGCAGCUGCCCGAGGCACGGCUCUUCAUUCUGGACAAGGACAGGUGUGUGAUUCAGAGGCUUCUGCCGUACACACAGUAUGAGCACUCGAGCACCAGACGAGGAGGAGUGGUGGGAACGCUCCGGAACUGCUGCUUUGACCACGCCCAUCAUGAGUGGUUGCUUAGUGAUGCGGUGGAUAUUUUACCGUAUCUUUUAUUACCAUUGGCUGGACCAGAGGAGCUCUCCGAGGAAGAGAAUGAAGGUUUGCCGGUGGACUUGCAGUAUCUGCCGGAGGAUAAAAAGAGAGAAGAGGAUCCUGAUAUCCGCAAGAUGCUCUUAGAAACCCUCAUUCUCCUUACAGCUACUAGAUUGGGCCGACAGAUCAUGAAGGACAAGAACGUUUAUCCCAUCAUGAGGGAGUUUGACAGAUGGGAGAAAGAUCCAUUUGUUACUUCAGCCUGUGAGAAACUCGUCCAGGUUUUGAUUGGAGACGAGCCGGAGGAGGGAAUGGAGAAUCUGAUGGAGGUGGAGAUUCCCAAAGACGUGCAGGAUAAACUGAUAGAACUGGACGCCAAAGAGCAGGAACAAAUGGAAAAGGACAAACAGGAAUCCGAGAAAAACCAAAAAUAAUCUCCAGAAGGCCCGGAGAGAUAAAUGGACAUCAAACACAAUAAACAACUGUUUACUUCUUGAAAUGGACUUCUUAUCAAGUUGAAUGUUUAACAUCAAUGAAUAAAAGGCUCCUGAGGAUCAUGA